AUGGAGAUGCCACCUGGCAAUCCAACGGGGGAGAAGGACCCCAUUCAACCGCAACAACAGUGGAAAAAGAACUCCCAGGAGAAUCUUGAUUCAACUCUUCAGAUCAGGCAGCAGCCCAGAGAUCCUCCUACUAAUAUCCUUGAGCUGAGCAGAAGUCCAGAUCCAGUCAGUCGGGUUCUAGAGAAUCCUCAGUGGACUGAAAAACUGGCCUGUGGACUUGAAGGAGACUCUGAUAAGUCUCAUGGAUUAGCCAGUGAGCUGCCAGAGCCCCUUCAAGGUUCUAAUCUCUGGUAUUGUCCUGAUGGGAGCUUUCUCAAGAAGAUAGUAACCCGUGGCCAAGGCUUGGAUAAACCCAAAUUGGGAUCCUGCUGCCGUGUACUGGUUUUAGGAUUUCCUUUUGGGUCAGGGCUGCCAGAGGGUUGGACAGAGCUAACUUUGGGCAUAGGGCCAUGGAGGGAGGAACCUUGGGGGGAGCUUUUAGAGAAAUGUUUGGAGUCCAUGCGUCAAGGUGAGGAGGCAGAGCUUCAGUUCCCUGGGCACUCUGGACCUCCUAUCAGGCUCACACUGGCAUCCUUUACUCAGGGUCGGGACUCCUGGGAGCUGGAGGCCAGUGAGAAGGAGGCCUUGGCCAGGGAGGAACGUGCUCAAGGCACAGAAUUCUUCCGAGCUGGUAACCCUGAAAAGGCUGCCCGAUGUUAUGGACAGGCUCUUCGUCUGCUGCUGACUUUACCCCCACCUGGCCCUCCAGAACGAACUGCCCUUCAUGCUAAUCUGGCUGCCUGUCAGCUGCUGUUGGGGCAGCCCCAGUUGGCAGCUCAGAGCUGUGACAGGGUGCUAGAGCGAGAACCUGGCCAUUUAAAGGCUUUGUACCGGAGGGGGGUUGCCCAAGCUGCCCUUGGGAACCUGGAAAAAGCAACCGAUGACCUCAGGAAGGUGCUGGCAGUAGAUCCAAAGAACCGGGCAGCUCAGGAAGAGCUGGGGAAGGUGAUCCUUCAGGGGAAGAAACAAGAUGCUGAGCUGGCUCAGGGUUUACGCAAGAUGUUUGGCUGA